CUUUGUUUUGCAGCGUGAUGACGCCACGCGUAGAUAAUAGGAAGUCAUUUGAAUUUACAUCAAGUAAACACUACACGGAUAGAAACUGCUCAUGUACACCACGAUUUUAAAAAAUGGGUGUAAAAGGUCUUCAGUACUUUAUGGACCGCUGCUGUCCAGAAGCCUGUGUGACUGUGAACCUGAGAGAAAUGGCCAGACAACAUGUUGCCAAAAACCAGCAAGGCUGCACAACCACAGAUAACACUACCAGCCCCACACUCGUUGUGGAUGGUAUGGCCUGCCUGCGCCACUGGUACUCGUGUAAGGACUGGGUGUGUGGGGGGCAGUGGAGGGAGUACAUGGAUGUGCUAAAGAGCUGGGUGGAGGCCUUCACCUCAGCAGGCAUCAGACUUGUCUUCUUCUUUGAUGGGGUUGUGGAAGAGCAGAAGAGAAAGGAGUGGGUGAAGAGGAGACGCAGAGUGAAUGGGGAGGUUUCUAAAAUGUUUCGUCACAUGAAGGCACAUGGAGAGCAGCCUGGUAAAGAGCUAUUUUGUCUGCCUUCUGGUCUGGCAUCAUUCACACCCUUUGCUCUCAGGUCAUUGGGCCAGGAAGUGUUUUGCUCAGUGCGGGAGGCUGACUACGAGAUUGCCAGCUAUGCUCGUCAGCAUGGCAGUAUGGGAAUUCUAGGACAGGAUUCAGACUUCAUCAUAUAUGACAGUGCCCUCUACUUGUCUGUGGCAAAGCUGCGGAUAGACAGCCUCACUACUGUCAUGUACCACCAACAAAGGCUCUGCCAAGCAAUCGGAUUGACUGUUACCCAGCUACCACUGCUGGCCUGUCUCCUAGGUAACGAUGUGGUGUCAGAGGAGCAGAUGCAGCACAUCAGGAACAACGCCAUGGCAGCAUACAGGAUAAACAGUCCCGUACCUCACUCUGGUGCUCCUCAGGGGCAGAUGGUGCUAGCUGUAUCCCAUCUUGUGAGCUCCUUGUGGGGCAGAGAGGAGCAAGAGACUGGGCUUAUCCCUCAGUCUCUGAAUCUAUCAGCUCCUCACAGAGAGCUACUGAAGAGGGGGGUUCGCUCUUACUUACUGCCUGAACAAGAAGCUCUUCAGCAAGAUGACAUGUCUCCACUUCCCUCUGCCUCUGCCUUUGAGAAACAUUUUAGUCCCAAAAUAUUAAAGGCCUGUAGAGAGAAGCAUGUAGCAGCAGAGGGUUUCAUGGUUUACAGUGUUGUGUUUGAGGGAGUCAUUGAAUGUAGCAACACUCUAGAGGACGAGGAGAACACAGAGUUACUGCCUCAGGCCCUCGUCUACAAGCCCUGCAGACAACGCAUCUAUGGGCUGCUGCUGCUGCACGGGCAUGAUGGCAGCCAUGUUGACCUUCCAGCAAUCAGGGAGUGGUUUGUCUACUCUGGAAACCCUCUGAAGGAACCUGACAUGGUCCACCCUGUCCCACUUGGCUUCCCAGGUGAUCAGCCCAGUCUGGACUUAUUAUGGUUCGGCACCAGUCCUGAAGUUACUGCUCUUCGCCUGACGUCCUUCCUUUCAAUUUUUGACUGCCAGGAGUAUAAGGAGUUAUAUGGAGCUAUUGAAGACUCCCUCCUGGCUGCUCUCUGCUUGGUCACUUACAUAGUCCUCCAGGUACAAACGUUGUCUCAAGAGGACUUGGAUGCUUACCUGAGUCAGGCUGUGUGUCUGAGACUAAAAUCCCCUCAGGAGCUUCAACAGAUCAAGCUGCCUUUCCUCUCCAGUCGUGCAGUGCAGCUGGGAUCCCUCUACGUCCGAGGACUGAGCCACCUGUUGGGUGCUAACUGUGCCAGCGGCUGCCCGCUGCCCAGCGCUGCCCUGAUGCCUUGGCACAGCUUCGAUGGACGACUGUUCCACUCAAAGUACCUGCUGGCACAUAGCGGCACAGAGAAGACUGUGUUGCUGGACAGAGAUUCGUCCUGUUUGUCUCUGUUUCUCUGCCUGAGAGAGAAACUUACAGAAACCUGCAGUAAGCGAGGCAGAGUCCUGCAGUCCAGACCCAAUGCUCCAGAACAUAGUCAUAAAACUACACCAGGUGGUGUUCAAAACUGGAGGGAAAGAGGAGAGAUGACAGGAGGCCAUCAGCAUGGAGGAGGAUGGAGGGAGAGAGGGGAGGCAAGAGGAUACCCGAGAGAAUAUGAAAACAGAGAGAGACUGUGGGAGAGAGGAGGAGGGAUGAGAGGAGGCCAUUUUCAUCCUCAUCCAAACUGCCACGAUGGAGGACCCCAGAACAUGAGCCGCCCUCCAAAUCGUUCCAGAGGCCCACCAUACCACAACAGAGGCAGAUACCAGCUUUCUCCGAGAUGGUCGCAACCUCCUGCACCAGGAACAUGACUCUACCCCAGACAGAGAGGAGAGAAGAGAAGAGGAGGAUUAGAGGGGAGCAUUUAAGAGGAUGGGAAAGACAUGAUGAAAGGAUCGAAGGAAUCAAAUUUCUCUGAACAAACUGAUUAGUGAAUUAACCGUCAGGAAUGUUUGUCUAAAAAGAUGCAGUAGGUCAAAAAAUGGGGAUUAAGACGAGGCAUAAUGAAGAGAUUAGGAAUACAUAAUUUAAAUUGCCAGUUUAGUGUCUCAAAAUAAUCCUAUUGACAUAAUAAGUAGUAAAGACUUUUAAAGUCAAUCAUUUUAAAGCCUCUCCUUCAUCUCAGGGCAACUUACCUGUCUCACUGUUACAGAAAAUGAACAGUGCGCAUGAGCACUCACCAAACAAACACAGAAAUGAGCCACUUCAAACAUGAGAAAACAACUGAGAAGUGGAUUAAUGGUUGAUCCUUAUCACCUCUUAUCUUUUGACAAUAAAAGGACAAAGAUCUUAAAAGC